CCCCCUUCCCCCACCUAACUUUCUUGCCUGUGCUACACUGUACUUCCUCCCCUUGCAGAAGUAGCGGCUGUGGAGUCAGGAGUACGUUCUGCUCUGUUAUGUUGGUUUACUGAGCUCAGUUCUGUUCAAUUUGGAUAAGAGCCAGAAAUCUGAUAUGUCAAGCUACAUUUCAAGGAGCCAUAUUUUAGUUUUUGUUUUUUUUCUCAUUUUGGGGGCGGUUUACGUCUGGUUGCCAGGAUGUGAGACAUUCUGCCAAAGGUUUGGCAAGGUGUGUAAUGAUGAACCAAAACUGGAACCAAAGGUGGCAGGAGUAGAGAAAACGAAAUGCACAGAAAACGUGGAGUGGAAAAAGUGGAGGAUCCAAGACCUACAACAUCCACCUGGAUUAAGAUACGAUCAGCCAAGCACACAGAAAGGACGCACUGAUGUGAACUCAGUGACCAACUGGAACGCUCCCCUGGUUUGGGAGGGAACCUUUGACCCUGUGGUUAUUGAUGCGAUCUAUAAGAAAAUGGACCCACGUGUGGCUGUGGUGGUGUUUGCCGUUGGCAAAUACACCCGCUUCCUGAAGGCCUUCCUGGAGUCAGGUGAAAAGUUCUUUCUUGUUGACUUCAGGGUCACGUACUACAUCUUCACAGACAAUGAAAAAGACGUUCCCUCAGUAAAGAUGGGUGCAGGCCGGAGGAUCUCGGUUGUGACUGUCCCCAGUGCGAACCGCUGGCAGGACGUGGUGCUCGGGAGGAUGAAGUGGGCCACGGCCACUAUCGACAAGCAGAUCCGCAAUGAAACCGACUACCUGUUCAUGAUGGACAUCGACAGUGUCUUCCACAACCGCUUUGGGGCCGAGUCGCUCAGCCAGCUCUCUGCUGUGCUUCACCGAGGCUACUACAAGACGGGAAGAAAGGAGUUUCCUUAUGAGCGUCGGCGAGAGUCCACUGCAUAUAUACCUUAUGAAGAAGGAGAUUACUACUACACUGCUGCCGUGUGGGGCGGAUACCUGGAGGACAUGUACAAGCUAGUCAAAUACUGUUACGAGCAGUCACAGGUGGACGCUGAGAAUCACAUUGAGGCUGUGUGGCAGGAAGAGAGUCACCUCAACAAGUACCUGCUCUACAACAAACCCACUAAGGUGCUGUCUCCAGAGUAUCUGUGGUCCGAUUAUGAUAAAAUACCAUCAGACAUUAAAGUGGUCAGGAUCUCACAGCUGGUCAAGAACUAUGCCGAGGUUCGACCUAACGGUGGACACUGAUGCCGAGUCAACUCUGGUUCAAUCUUAAGUCAAACUUUACAUACACAGUGUUUGGUGAGGAUAGAGUGUUUUGUGACAUUUGACUUCUAGGCUUUCUUCUUAUUUAUUGUGCAUUCACUGGCCAUAUUAAUAGCUACUUCUGUAGAGUCUAAUCCCACACAGCAAUUAAUUCAACUUGUACGAGGUCAUCAUAUCUCAGUUAUUAAGUUUUGGAUGUUUUGGAAGCUCGCUAUCACUAUUGUCACAGUCAAUGUUUGUAGUUCAGGUUUUCAGUCAGUUUCUGUAUUGGGUUAGAUUAGACUAUACAGGUGUACCUACUGUAAUAAAGUACUGGUCAAUGAUGCACAGUCAUGUCUGUGGCCUAGGAUGUACAAAUAAAAUUUUCUUUGUCUUCA